GGUGAUGUGGCUAAUGUGAAUCUAACCUUACCUUAGAUCCAUUCUGCAGAUAUGUCUUCCGACAGCAACACUGCUGGAGGCAUCCAGGGGCUUCUCCUGAAACUUCAUGAGUCACUUUCGGAUGAAGAUCCACGGGCUGCAGCUUUGAAAUGUCACGAUAUUGUCGGUGACUUGGCACAGGACUGCUUGCUUACAACUGAGAAUGAACUUGCCUUACAGACAUCCUUAUUGUUCUCAAAAGAAUAUGGACUGCUCAGCUUCCUCAGGAAGUCCCUGCCAUCAGAUGAGUUACGGGACACCCGAGUAGAGAUCUUGGGGUUCUUGGAGAAGUUCUUGGACCGGGUCUCGCCCAGAGUCAAAGGUUGGGAGAAGACUUACGCCAUUGACAUAAGAAACACAUGCAUGGCUGUGUAUACAAAGGAAAAGUUGGCCAAGUGUAGGGCUCCAGCGCUGGAUCUCCUCAUAAAGGUUCUCCAAACAACAAAAGCUUCCAGUGUGGUCGCAGAACUUCGAAUUUGUGAAAUAUUCAACCGAUUUUACAGCGAACUCUGUCAGAAGAGCAAACUAGCUGACUCUGUGCUCGGCAAAGUCUAUGAGUUGUUGGGAGUUCUCGCAGAGGUUCAUCCCAGCGAGAUGGUCCACAACUCUGACAAACUCUACAAAGCCUAUCUCGGGGAGCUAAAGGAACAGAUGACCUCUUUAACAAAGGAACCAAAACUGUAUGUUGUGGCUGGAUGUUUGAGAGGAAUCACCUCCCUAAUGGUCAACUUCACCAAAACUAUGGAAGAAGAACCAGCGACAUCUAAGGACAUUUUUCAAUAUGCCCUGAAGGCAAUCAGUCCCCAGGUGGAAAUGAGCCGCUAUGCUGUCACAUUCGCGGGGCUCAGAUUAAUUGCCAAACAUGCAUCCCAGUUCAGCAGCUGCCUGAUGGACAACUACAGAGCUUUGUUUGAGGUGAUGUCCAAGCACUGCGGACACAUCAACGCUGAGAUGAAGAAGACCAGUUACUAUGCACUUGAGGCCUUCCUCAAACAGGUGGCAGUUCUGAUGGCAGAUAAUAUUGAGGAGCACAAAAGCAAGUUGAAGUUCUUCAUGCAGAAGUUCUGCGGCAUCAUAAAGACCAUGGACUCGACACAUAAGGAACUGUCCAUUGCUAUAAAAGGAUAUGGGUUCUUUGCAGGCCCGUGCAAGAAAGUUUGUCCACAAGACGUGGACUUGAUGUACACAGAGCUGAUUCAGCGCUGCAAGCAGAUGUACCUGACGGAGUCUGAUGAAGAGGAAGAAAGCUUCUACCAGCUGCCCAGCUUCCUGGACUCUAUAGCGAGUGUCCUGAUCCACCUGGACAAGGUUCCAGAGGUGUACACCCCCCUCCUGGAGCGCCUGCUUGUGGUGCAGAUCGACAGCUUCCCUCAGUACAGCGAGAGGAUGCAGACGGCCUGCUGCAGGUCCAUCCUGAAGGUGCUGGUGGCCAUGGCCUCUAAGGGACCUGUGCUGUGGAGUUUUAUUAGCUCCGUGGUGCACCAGGGCUUGAUCCGUGUCUGUUCAAAACCCAUCAUGCUUUCCGAGGACAAAGAUGGUGGUCAAUUUCAAUCCUCCCAAAUGCGUACUGGAAAGUGGAAAGUUCCAUCCAGUCAGAACUAUCUGGCCCUGUUCAAAAGCCUUCUGGACUGUGAUCGGCUGAAGGAUUCGGGAUUUCUGGAUGGAGCUUUUGAAAGUCAGAACGCUGCUCUCCUACCGUUGAGCCGUCUGCUCUAUGACGAGCUGGUGAAAUCAAUCCUCAGAAUUGUGGAAAAGUUGGACUUGUCUGUGCAGAAAGUUGCAACAGGGGAGGAGGCUCUAGAUGAUGCGGCCCAUGUCCUGCCCUCUUCUGACCCCACAGCUCAUCUGUUGCCCAACAAGAUCAAAGAUUUCACUGCCUUUAUCAACCUGGUGGAGUUCUGCAGCGAGUUGUUGCUGAAAAAACAUGUGGAGUAUUUUGACUCCUGGAUGUAUCCCUUAAGCCAUGAACUUAUCCUUCACUCCAUACGAAAUCCACUCGUCAGUGGCUUUUACAAGCUGCUCUCUGUCAACAUGAAAAUCGGCAAGAGAAUCAAGUACUACCAGGGAGUUGGCACAAGAAGCUCUUCAUCCCCGCAGAGUGACACGGUGAAAAGUUCUUGUUUUGAACUCUUCUCAAAGUUUGGAAAAGAGGUGUGUGUGAGAAUGAAGCAGUACAAAGAUGAGCUGCUGGCGUCCUGCUUGACAUUUGUCCUCUCGCUGCACCACAACAUCGUAGCUCUGGACAUCAAGGCCUACUGUCCUGCUCUUGAGGCGGCCCUGAAGUUGGGUCUGAGCCAUGUUCCUUUGGCCAAUUCGGCCCUGGAUGCCCUGGAAGACUGGUCCUCCCACAUUCCUCUGGAGACCAUGCAGCACUGCUACACAAACAUCCUUCCUCUUCUGGACGGGUACCUGAAAAGCACCUCCAAAAACAAUAAAGAUGAGAGCAACUGGGAGGUGGUGUCCUCUCUGUCUUCAAGGAAUGACAAAGGAUACAAACGAGUGAUGAUGCGGCUCAUGAAAAAAUCAAACCAGCUCAGCAUGGAAGAUGCUCCUCUUGACAUUGUGAGGCUCAGGGUGGUAAAGUUGCUCGGUCAUCUGGGAGGAAAGCUGAACAGGAACCUUGUAACUGUGGUCUCAUCAGAGGAAACCAUGAAGAAAUUUGUCGCCUGGGAUUCUGAGAAAAGGCUCAGCUUUGCAGUGCCGUUCGCCGAUAUGAAGCCGGUCAUCUACCUCGACCCAUUUCUGCCUCACAUCAGUGAACUGGCUCAGUCCACCAGUGACAGACAAACCAAAGUAGCGGCUUGUGAGCUUCUCCACAGCUUGGUGGUCUACAUGGUAGGGAAGAGUGCUCAGAUGGUGGAGGGGGAGAAUAAACUGCCGCCCAUGUACAAGCUGUUCAAGAGGCUGUUUCCCGUGCUACUGCGGCUAGCCUGUGAUGUCGACCAGGUGACCAGGCAGCUCUUUGAACCGCUUGUAAUGCAGCUAAUUCAUUGGUUCACGAACAACAAGAAGUUUGAGAGCCAAGAUACUGUAGCUGUCCUAGAGGCCAUCAUGGAUGGUGUGGUUGACCCAAUGGAUAGCACUCUCAGAGACUUCUGUGGCCGCUGCAUUGAGGAGUUUGUCAAAUGGUCGAUCAAACAAACCACCCCAAAGCAGCAGGAGAGGAGCCCGACUAACAUGAAGUCCUUGUUUAAGCGGAUCUACAGCUUGGCUCUCCACCCCAAUGGAUUCAAAAGACUUGGUGCAGCCCUAGCAUUUAAUAGUAUCUACAGACAGUUCAGGGAGGAAAAGACCUUGGUAGAGCAAUUCAUCUUUGAAGUUCUUGUCAUAUUUGUCGAAAGUCUGGCUCUUGCACACUCAGAUGAGAGAUCUUUGGGUACUGUGCAGCAGUGUUGCACCGCCAUUGAUCAUCUGAAAAGAAUCAUCAAUCAGAAGGCCCCCAGUCUCAAUGAGCACAAUGCUAAGACACGCGUCCCAAGGGGCUUUCCUCCUGAUGGAAAGCUGUGCCUCUCUGAUGUGGUUGUAUGGCUCCUGGAACAAUGUGGCAGACCUCAGACCGAGUGCCGCCACAAAUGCAUGGAACUCUUCUAUGAGUUCAUACCUCUCCUCCCAGGGAAGAAGUCUCCACCUCAGUGGGUGGAUGGCAUGCUGAAGGACCACGGCAAAGGUUUCCUGAUCCCUCGAUUUGAGGGUGGAGGUCUCCUCUCUCAGCCCACUCUCAGGGACCUGACGGGUCCUUUCAGUGUCAGAGCCACCCUGCAGUGGAUGGACCUACUGUUGGCUGCCCUGGACUGCUACAACACCUUCAUCCACUUACAAAUAAUCAAACCUCAUCAGAUGCUUAGCUCUGAAGAGAACUCAAGUUUUCUUAAAGCUAUACGUUUCUUUUUGACUGAGCUGUCAACUCAAGAACUGGCAGCGGCGGAGAGCUGUUUCCCUCUCGCUAAGAAGACCUCUCACUUCAGCCCAAGAGAAGUGGACCAGUUCAACUUCAGCAAGUGCACCAUCACUGUCCGCCUGCUGGAGUUUACCACUAUGAUUCUUGUCAAAGGAGACCAGGAGUUUUGGAAGCUUCUGGAGCAUGACAUUUUUGUCUCAGAUUUCUUUAAGCUGACUGCGCUCGUGGUGUGUGAGCCGUCUACCGUAGGUUUCAACAUGGCAGAUGUGGAGGUAAUGAAGAACCUACCAGAAGUGUGUGUUCCUCUACUGAAGGUGCUGCUGGCUUCACCUUAUCGCUCCUGCCUUGAAAGCAGUUUGCGGGUAAAAAUCUCCCGUAACAGUGUGGAGGAGUUGUGUACUGUCGACUUCUACCAGUCCAGCACUGUGAGCCGCCACGACCAGAUGGAGAUGGUUCUGUCUUCCUGUAAGCAGAUCAACAAAGCCGACUUCCUCAGCUCUAUCCUGCACAGCCAGGAUGCCACCUUUGCCCAAUCCCUUGGAUCCCGGCUUUUAAUGACAGUGUAUAAAGGUAUAGCACCCGGUGAGGACAGGAAGGCCCUUCCAUCUUUGGACAUAAAUACCAAGAGGCUGGCAGAUAACCUGCUUCAGCUUUCCUUCUCUCUGAGUCAACAGAGUGAGCAGCUGGUGGAAUUGUUGUUGAACACCAUCAUGCUUUCUGUGCCAAUAUCUGGAAGUCACAGCCAUAGAUUCCUCAGCUUCUCGCACGGCGAGUACUUCUACAGCCUCUUCCAGAUGACCAUCAACACUGAGCUGCUGAGAAGUCUGGACACCACAGUACCCCGCCUCAUGAAAGCGUCCUCCCUAAACCCCAGCAUGGUGAGUGUGUUGCUGAACGGCAUGCUGGACCACAGCUUCAAAGAGCGCUCUGUGAGGAAGACUCAGGGAAAACAGCUGGUCGAAGUGGUGCUGAGAAAAUGGAAUAGUCUGCAGUCCUGGUGGGAAGGAGACACCUCAACUCCAGAGAGCAAAACGGCCACUCUACUGCUCCUCUCCAAACUCCUACAGAUUGACUCCUCUGUCUGCUCUGAUACAACCCAUAAAGCGUUCAGACCGGUGUUUUCCACGUUCACUAUGCUGCUGGUUGACAUGACUCUGCCAUUGAAUCUCAAGAGUCAGGCUCUGCUGGUGUUGCCCUUCUUCACGACCCUCCCAGAGGAGCCAUUAACUGAGUUGCAGACAGCGCUUGAUUCUCUGGUAGUGUCCCACUUCCCGAUGCAGUCCGAUGAGUUUGGAAAGGGCUCGCUUCACCGCAACAACUACAUGGACUGCAUCCGAAAGAUGCUGGAUGCUCUAGAGCUUUCCCAGAGCCCGCUGCUGCUCAAACUGAUGGCAGGGAUUCUGUGUCGAGAUAGAAAACACAUCAUGGAGGAGGCUUUUCAAACAUGCUUCCAAAGAAUUGCAAAGCGGUCAAGCAGUGAGCGGCAGCUGCAGCUACUGUGCACAGUGUACGGGGUGAUCCAGCAGGGGGACGUGCCGAUGAGCUCCAUGCUGCAGGCCAUGAUGGAGAGGGUUCUGCUGCCUCUUGCGUCUCACUGUAGCACCAAAUCCCUGAAAGACUUCUUUGUGGCAAAUGUCUCCGAAAUAAUAGUUUUGCUCCUAAGCCGCUUUACUAAGUCAAAUGACACAGAAUUCGAGAUCCAGUUGAUGAAGAAGAGCGGCUGCUACAAGCUGAUGGAGCUCCUGUAUUCCCGCCUUCCCAAAGAAGAGGUUUACUCCAAGGAAUCCCGCAUUAAUCAAGCCUACUGUCGCUCAGACAAAACGGAGGGGAAUGAGAUGUCCAAAACCCUGAUCAAGUCAUGUUUUGAAGCAUUCACUGAGAACAUGGCUGGUGAGACUCAGCUCCUUAAACUUAGGAGACAGUAUCACUGUGCCGCAUACAACUGUGCCAUCGCUGUGAUCAGCUGCAGCUUCAAUGAGCCCAAAUUCUACCAUGGCUUCCUCUUCAGUGAGAAACCAGAGAAGAAUCAGUUCAUUCUGGAGAAUAUCAUUGACAUCGAAAGGACCUUCAACUUUUCAAUUGAAAUUGAGGUCCCACUUGAGAGAAAGAAGAAGUACGUCAUGAUUCGGAAUGAAGUGAGCGAGGAGAACGGAGAAGCGCCGAUGUAUCUGUCCUCGCAGUCUUACAUGGCCGACAGCAGCCUGAGUGAGGAGAUGAGUCAGUUUGACUUCUCCACCGGAGUCCAAAGCUUUUCCCUGAGCUCCCAAAACCCAGAAGGGCAGAGACGCACCGUUGCAAAAAAUGAGACAGAAGAGUCAAAUUCAUCCCAGGAUGCAAUGGUGGAUCUAGAAAUGGAUGAGCUAAAUCAGCAUGAAUGCAUGGCCACCAUGACCGCUCUUAUUGGACACAUGCUGAGGAACAACAUAACACCCAAAAUUGAACAGGGAAACAUGCCUACUGAACUUCCUCCAUGGAUGAAAUUUCUACAUGUAAAACUCUCAAAUCCAGCAACACCUCUGAAUAUUCGACUCUUCAUCUCAAAGCUCAUCAUCAACGCAGAGGAGGUUUUUCGACCAUACGCCAAACACUGGUUGGGGCCGCUCCUGCAGGUCGUGGUUUCUGGAAACAACGGAGGAGAGGGGAUUCAUUUCAUGGUGGUGGAUAUUGUUGUCACAGUGCUCUCUUGGACAAGCCUGGCCAGCCCCAAGGGUAACCCCAGAGAUGAAGUGCUUGCCAACCGGCUGUUAGAGUUCCUGAUGAAGCAUUGUUUCCACUCCAAGAGGGCCGUUUUCCGCCACAAUCUGGAGAUCAUUCGUACUCUCGUAGAGUGCUGGAAAGACUGUCUGCAUGUGCCCUACAGUCUGAUAUACGACCGAUUUCGUGGCACCGACCCAAAUAGCAAAGACAACUCUGUUGGACUUCAGCUGCUGGGAAUCAUCCUGGCCAACAAGCUCCCUGCCUACGAUUCCUCCUGUGGAAUUGAAUAUGAUGGGUACAUCCAGUCUCUCACCAACAACGUGUCCUUUGUGAGGUAUAAAGACGUCUAUGCAGCUGCUGCUGAAAUUAUCGGCCUCGUCCUGAAGGAUAUGACUGAAAUGGGGAAUCAUCGCCAGGAGCUUCUCAAUCUUGCUGCAAGUAAGAUAUCAAAUCUGAAGAAAAAAGACAUGGAUGACAAGUUCAUUAUUUGCUUGAACAAAGUGUCAAAGCACUUUCCUCCAUUCAUGGAUCGGUUUGUCAACUUUGUGUUCUCCCUUCUGCCGAAGCUGCACGGCAUCUUAAAGACUCAUUGUUUGGAGUGUGUGCUGAGCCGAGCUGAUAUCAUCCCAGAAAUCUUUCUUCAUCUAAAGACCACAGGCUUCAUUCAGAUGAUGGGCCAUAGGGAUGAGCCGAGGCAGAGAGUGUGUCUGGAUAUCAUCCACAAGAUCAUUUCCCGCCUGACUCCAGUUGAGCUUCAGGAGCUCCUGGGAGCUGUGACAGCUUUUGUGUCCCAUCCUUCACCAGUGUGCAGAGAGAGGAUGUAUGACAUCCUGAUGUGGAUCCAGGACAACUACAGCGAUGCAGAGAGCAUGGAAGACAGCAUCUCCGUCGAUGUCUUGAAUGCAGCCAAAGAAACUUUGCUGCAGGGACUGUCUGAAGAAAACCAAGGCCUUCAGCUUUAUGUUCGGAACUUCUGGAGUCAGGAGAAGCGCCUCCCCACUGCGACCCUUGAGCGAAUGAUGGCAGUGCUUGGUUCUCUGUACUCCUGUCGAAUAGAAAAGUGUUUCUUAAGCUUGGUUACCAAUCUGCUGCUGGAAACGACCAGCCAGAGUCCUGACUUUGAACGAAACAUGUUUGAGUAUCCACUGUCAGAGUGUACCUUCCAGGACUAUGUGAUUGAUUCCAACUGGCGCUUCAGGAGUACAGUCAUGACUCCCAUGUUUGUUGAAACCCAAAGCUCUCAAAACCCUGAGAGCGUGUCAGCGUCGCAGUCUGGAAGCAUAAAGGGGAAGCUCCGAGCCACUCAGACUUCAUUAGAGUUCAGCCAAACCCAAACAGCAGGCCGACGUACAGCAUAUAACUGGCUGACGGGCAGCAGUGUGGAUACACUAGCAGACUACACCCUUCCCUCUGAGUCUCUGUCGUCAUUGUUGGUGUUUGAUAAGAAAUCAGAGAGGCAGACUGCAGCAAGGAGGCCAGUAGGAGAAGGAUUUGGCCUCAGGCGCCCCACUGCAUCAACAGAUGAUGUGGACCGCCGCACACGAGCUGCAAACGAACAGCGUAAUAACAUCCUAAGAUUGAGACGCAGAUUUCUCAAGGAUCAGGAGAAAGUCAGCUUGAAUUUUGCACAAAAAGAGAUCCAACAUCAAAGACAGAAAAAGGAAGACAAAGCUGAUCAGAGGCUAAGAAAAGAGGCUCAGGUGACUCUGUACCGUAACUACAGAGUGGGAGACUUUCCAGACGUCCAGAUCCCGUACAGCAGCCUCAUCGCCCCUCUUCAAGCACUAGCUCAGAGAGAUCCGAUUUUAGCCAAGCAGCUGUUCAGCUCUCUGUUUGCUGGAAUCUUUCAAGAAAUGGAAAGACUCAAGCCAAGAGGGGAGAGCGGGAGGAUUAAAGAGGAGCUGCGGUGCAACAUGAAUACAUUCCUGAGCAAAAGCUCACUCUGCUUCCCUCCAUUCAUAGCAUGUGUGCAGGACAUGUGCCACCAGCAUAAGGAGCUGCAUGAUCUCGAUCCAGCAGCCAUCAGCUCCACUUGCCUGAUGAGUCUCCAGCAGCCGUCGGGCAUCCUGCUGCUGGAGGAAGGCUUGUUGCAAGGCGGUGGGGGUCACGAAGAGCCUCUUGCAAAGCGCUCCCGAGGACGCAAAGAAAUCCCCCCAGAUACCAACAAAUGGAUCCACCUUGCAAGGCUUUACAGAUCCUUGGAGGAUUUCGAUGUUGUGCGUGGCAUCUUUGGUGGUAAAGUUGGGACCAAGUCCAUCACCUGUGCUGCACUUCAAGCUGAAGCCAACAAUGACUUUGCAGAAGCUGUGAAGUUUUACAACGAGGCUCUCAACACGGAGCUGUGGAGUGAUAAUGAGCCCACAGACUCUGAGAAGGACUUCUGGGAGAUAGCUGCAAUGGAGGCCUACAGUCAUCUGACUGAGUGGAAGUCCCUCCAGUACUGCUCCACUGUGUACAUAGAUGAAAACUCCCCACCCAACCUCGAGAAGAUGUGGUCUGAGCCGCUCUACCAGGAUAUGUACCUGCAGCACAUGAUCCGCAGCAUGUUGAAGCAGCUGCAGCUGGGUGAGACGGACCAAACUCUUCUCACCUUUAUCGACAAGGCCAUGAAGGUGGAGGAGCGCAAAAAGCUGCUGGAAAGCCAUUACAGCCAAGAGCUCAGCUUGCUCUACAUCCUGCAGGAGGACUAUGACCGUGCAAAAUACUACACCAACUACGCCAUGCAGCUCUUCAUGCAGAACUACUCCAGUGUGGAUACACUGUUGACUCAAAGUCGGCUGACCAUCCUGCAGUCAGUGCAGGCUUUGACUGAAAUCCAGGACUUCCUGUUGUUCAUUAAAGAAGAGGUGUCUGUGAGCUCACUAAAGCGGCUCAUGAGACUGUGGACUGAGCGGUACCCUGAUGCUAAAGCGGAUCCAAUGAACUUAUGGGAUGACAUCAUCACAUCUCGAUGUUUCUUCUUGGACAAGAUCAGGGGAAAGCUGAGGGGCCACGCUCCCAGUGACAGCAUGGAGAUGGACACCUCAGAAGACCCAGCAGGUGACCUUGACACAUUAGUUAAUGAGUGCAAGUUCAACAUGAAGCUACGAAUGGCAGACAGCGCGUGGAAGCAGAAUAACUUUCCUGUAGCCACCAAGCUGCUGAAGGAACUUCACAGAGAGGCCAAAACGAACAGAGGCUGGUUGAUGCAAUGGGUCCACAGCUUUAGCCGCUACAACCAUAAACGCAGCCAGGCCCAGGGUCCUGUGGAGCAAAUCAGUACAGUGCUGAAGACUAUCCCAUUCUUUGAGGAUCUUCAGGAUGACUGUCAGAGCGCCACAGCUAAGACAUUCAGAUACCAAAAGAUCCUCCAGGCUACGUCUUUCAACAUCCUGGCCUCGGCUGUAAGCAAGAGCCCCUCUGUGCUGGGAACUAUUGAAGCUGAGAAAGCAGAGAGAAUUGCAAAGCUCUCUGGAUCUGCUUGGCCCAGUGCAGAUCCAAAGAAAUUGGAAAUGGGGCUGCAGCUAAAAGCAUUGCAGUUGCUGCGUGAUGCUACCAGAAAGGCUGAUGAAGAGCUCCAGUCUUAUACUCAGGACUGUGUGGAAAGCAGCAGCAUCAUUGAGACAUACAUGGCUUUGGCUAACUUCUGUGACGGGCGGCUGCGGGAGGAGGAGCAGAAAGAUACCGAAAGCCAAUUUCCAGACCUGAUGGGACUGCCUGUUCAUGUAGUGGAGAGCAUGUUGAAAGCACUGAAGAUGAACUCAGAAGAAGCUCGCCUCAAGUUCCCACGUCUGCUACAGAUCAUAGAGUUGUACCCCUGAACACUGGACCUCAUAACAAAAGAGGUGAUGACCAUUCCCUGCUGGAUGCUGAUUGGCUGGAUUAGCCAAAUGGUCGCCCUACUGGACAAGCCCGAAGCAGUGGCCGUGCAGCACUGCAUUGGGCAGAUAGCAGAGUGCUAUCCUCAGGCACUGGUUUACGCUCUGAUGAUCAGCUGCGAGAGUUACCAGUUUGAGGACUCUGCUCCAGGCUUCAAGCAGAAGGAAUUUGUCAACAGGCUCAUGAGCAUGCUUGAUAAAGGAGGAGCUGUGAGAAACUUUGUGGAUGCACUGCAGCAGCUUACAAACCCUGAUAUGCUUUUUAGGGAUUGGUGGGACGGUGUGAAAACCGAAUUGGAGAGACCAAGCUUCAACAAGAAUCAGAUGGCCAACAUGUAUGAGGAGAUGUUCUCUUCCCUCGGGGAUCGUAACAUGGGCCGUCAUGGAAAGUUUCGUACAAAAUUCAUCAAGAAAUUCUCCAAAGAGGUGGAGAAACUACUGGGACCUAAAGGCAGCCAUCUGUUUGAGAAGAGAAAAGAAAAGAGUUUUGUGCGGAAGGUGGAUGAACUGGCAGCAUCCAUGCGUACAUUUCCAAAUGAGGCGCCAGGGAAUCUGAAGGAGUACUCGCCCUUGCUGAGUGGAUUUAAAGCAGACACAUUCAACAAUGAGCUAGAGAUUCCCGGACAAUAUGAUGGCAGAUCCAAACCUUUGCCAGAGUAUCAUGCAAAAAUAACUGGCUUUGACGAAAGGGUAAAGGUGAUGUCCUCUAUUCGCAAACCGAAAUGUCUGAUCUUCCGUGGGGAUGAUGAACGGGAUCACCCCUUCCUGGUGAAGGGUGGAGAGGACCUUCGUCAGGAUCAACGCAUCGAGCAGCUUUUUGCUGUCAUGAACAUUCUUCUGAGUCACGAUGCAGCCUGCACAAACAGAGGCAUGCAGCUGCGCACCUAUCAAGUCAUUCCCAUAACCACAAGAAUCGGCCUCAUUGAAUGGAUGGAGAAUACCUGCACUCUGAAAGAGUUCUUGCUCAACACAAUGACUGACGCUGAAAAGCAAACGGCUGGAAGGUGUUCCGAAGACUACAAUAAAUGGCUUCAAUCCAUCAGUCCAAAGACAAAUGGGAUAGCACUAUAUGGUUUAGCUUACAAGAAAGCCAAACGUAAUGAGACGGUCAACAACUUUUCCAAAGUGUUGAAGAAUGUACCCGGCGAUCUCCUGAAGAGAGCUUUCCUGAAGAUGUGCAACAGUCCAGAGGCCUUUCUUUCCUUGCGCUCCCACUUCAUCAGCUCGCAUGCCUUGCUCUGUGUGAGCCACUGGAUUCUAGGUAUUGGAGACCGUCAUCUCUCCAACUUCAUGAUCAACAUGGAAACGGGAGGCAUGAUCGGCAUCGACUUUGGUCAUGCAUUCGGUUCAGCCACACAGUUCCUCCCUGUGCCUGAGCUCAUGCCAUUCCGGCUGACACAGCAGUUUGUGAAUCUAAUGCAACCGUUGAAGGAGUCGGGUUUGAUCCAGAGCAUCAUGGUACACUCCCUCCGAGCUUACAGAGCUGAGCCAGACCUUUUGCUAAACACCAUGGAUGUGUUCGUCAAGGAGCCCUCCCUGGACUGGAAGAACUUUGAGUUGAAACAGCUGAAGAAAGGAGGCACAUGGACGGAAGACGUAAACACCAAAGAGAUCAACUGGUACCCUCUGCAGAAGGUGAACUUUGCCAGAAGAAAACUAGAAGGCGCAAAUCCAGCUGCUAUAACCAGUGAGGAGCUGAAGCUGGGCUUUGAGAAGGACGCUUCUUUCCCGGGGCUCCAGUCUGUGGCCCUGGGGAGUGAGGAGCACAACAUUCGUGCUAAGCUUCCAGCUGCAGGCUUGUCGGUGGAGAAGCAGGUGGACUGUCUGCUUGACCAAGCCAUGGACCCAAAUGUGCUCGGCAGAGUUUGGGCGGGCUGGGAACCAUGGAUCUGAUUUGUUUUCUUUUACAAUAAUUGGCCAGCAACUCAUUGCUGGAUUGUCGCACCCACUUUGGGUAUGAACAGGAAAUCAGGGAACAUUGUUUAAAAAGUAUCCUUGUAAGGUCAAAUGUUUUGUGUUUUCUACCUGUAAAAGAUGUUUUUAUAUAUAAUAUGAAAGUAAUUUGGCAGUAUCCGUAUAUUAUCGCACACUUUACUUAAAAUCAAAACAUUUUUGUGUAGAAAAACAAUGUAAUUUGAGAAGUAGUGAAAAUGACAAAGAUUCUUGUUUUAACAAUGACACAACAAGGGCAUACAUUGGCAAUUCCUUGCACUUAAAUUCUACUGGAAGAGAACCAAUCAUCACCAUCAUUUAUUUCUGUCUUGUGAUAAAGGAGAAGAGAUAUGAUCACUUGGGUCGUCUUUUUAAAAUCUUCGAACUAUGAACUUGCGAAAAUGCAUUUAUUAUAUAUUUUUGUGAUGCAUACAAACUCAUAUUUUUUCAUUGCAGGAAAAACUUUAACCUUACAUUUUAAAGCAUUUCAAAGAAGCAAAGAGAGCAGUGACUGUUGCAAUAUUUUAUUGGCUAGCAAUUCAAGGCUCAAGCUCAACACUUUUUCAAGUCUACACAAAAAUGGACAAUAGGUAAUGACAUCAACACGGAUCACACAAAGGUUCAAGCAUAUAAUCGCAUUAAUACAUUUCAAUCACUAUAUAUAUGUAACACUUUACCAAUGAACGUUUAAUGAAAGCAUUUAGCUCAAAGCAUUGCUGUACUCAAGUAAAGCCUGUCAUUUCUGCUAGCGUGGCUAAUGACUUAAGGCCUCAUAUUAUCCUGGAAAGAGCGAUUUGGUCUACGCCAUGGAGAUCUACGAUCAGCAAAGCAUAUUGAUUUGCUCUGUGGAGAUCUACGAUUAGAGGGGCUUUGUGAAGUGAUCUUCAGAGGUCUACGGUCAGAAGCGUUUUUUUAAAGGCCUCAGCUAAGCUGAUGUCACAGUGAUCCCCAACAUAUGGGUACUUGCAUUCACACAUUGCUAUCAAGGUCCUUGGCACAACAACACACUUGCCAUGUUGCCCACAGUUUAUUUUGGAGCAGAGAUGUUCUAUACGGCCCACAAUCCUUUUGAAAAGUAUUACGUGUAACAUCAUUUGGAGCUUUCCCAGCAUCAGUGGAGGUUUGACUCUUUUUUCUAAAGGCAUGCACUUCUGUGAGCGUGUCAAACACAUGCUUUCCAAAAAUGGAUUCCUUACAUUUCCUUAGUAUCUUUGCUACAUUCAAACAAUCUUUAAACCUCUUAGGUAAACACCUACUAAUAGCUUCUUUAAUAUCUGCAGCCUUGGUGUAAGUUGCUUUUACCUGUCUGGCUACAGCCACAGUAACUGUUCCUCUCUUUAUCUCGGUAAAUCCUGUCAUAACAUGUCCGUUAAGGAAAGGUAUGUUAUGUGUUGUAAAAGCAGUGACCAUCCAAUCAUACCUGGCAUAUAUUUUGGCCAAGAAGGCCUUGAUACUCUGCUAUUUCUUGAUGCUCUUUGGUGUCAUCGAUUCGCUCAAAAACGUCUCUUUCUAUGUAAGCAGCACUGUCAGAUAAGCACCUCUGGUGUGAUUUGAACAAAGCUGAGGCAGAUUCGGACAUAGUCUUGAGGGCAGUUUUAAACAAGACAUGGGUGGUUGUUCCUUUAAAGUUGUAAUACAUUUUGUUAAGCAUACUGCCGUUACACAUAAGCUCAUUCAAAUACGAAAACUUGACUUUGAUAUCCUCUUCAUGACAUUUUAAACUAUUAGCCAGAACAUCCCCAAGGUUUUGUGUAAGGGAGGAUGGUUCAGCUGUCAAGAGAUGGUGUAAGUCCAAAGUGCUGUCUGCGUAUUGGCUAUAAUGUGUAAAAAAAAUCUCUUCGAGUGCCUUCUUUUCUGAGCUAGUAGUUUUAGAAUUACUAGACACUAACUCUGUGUAUUUAUACCAGGCUUUCUCUAUGUUGUUCACUGGAAUUUGGUAGACACCAGCUGCCCACUUCAUUUCUGCAAGAAAGAUGUCAAACUUAACAUCAAGAGCUUUAAGGUUAGAGUUUACAACAUUCUGUGGGUCUGCUUGUGGCACUAGCAGCAGCAGCAUGGUUUUAAUCCCUCCAGCAAUGUGUCCCCCAACUAUUGGUGUAUUAAUAAUACUAAUAAUAACUUAAACUUAUAUAGCGCCUUUCAUGGUACCCAAGGUUGUUGGGGUUACAAAUAGGGAGGAGAAAAGGGGAGUGGGGGUUAGGGAUCAAAGGACUUAGUGCAGAGAAAUGUUUUGAGGUGCUUUUUGAACAUGGGCAGUGAUUGGGCACAGCGUACGUGGAGUGGUAGACUGUUCCAGAGUGUGGGAGCAUUGGCAGAGAAGGCCCUGUCCCCAAAAAGCAACAAGAACCUCUCCAAUCUCCCUAUAAUUUUUCUUAAACCAAUUUUGUAUCUUUUCACGCUUCGUUUCUCUGCCUCCACUUUUAUGUCCUUGCUCUGAGGGUCUUUCGCAUUCAGAAGUUUCCAUCGGAGUGUCUGGUGCAGCGUUUAGGACAGGGAGGCCGGAGGACAUCAACAGCAGGAACAGCAGGCCAGGGGUCCACAUGACUGACAACACAAACACAAUAUGACAAUAACUGUAAUGAAGUUUGUAUGGGUAUGCAAAGAUAUCAAUGAACAUAAAACAUCUGAGUAAAAUAUUUUCAUGCAUUCUCCUUUGUCCAACCACGCUUUCCAAAUAAUCACAUUUUAAGAUUAGUAGCCUCACUUGUAGACACAACAACCUGACACCAAUCAAAUGUUUAAUCCCUCAACAUAGAAAGCAGACCAGGAAGGAGGCGUGGAGUGCUGAUCUGCCGUGGAAUGACUCCUCAGAAAGCUGAUGUGUUGGUGCUGCGCUGGGCCCUUGGAAUGGUCAGAGAGUUGAAUUGUUGAUUAUAUCGGAGCUCAAUUAAGUUUUGGAGAUGGUUUCAGAUCUGCAGGCUUUAUAAGAAACUGACCAGUCCCACCUUUAUGAUAAUAAGGCAGUUUUUAUCCAUAUUUGGCUUGAUGGAGUUGGAGGGGUGGCUUUGCCUUAUAGAGUGGAACAGAAGGAGGGACGUUAUUAGUUCAUAGUGUUUAUUUUAGCGCUUUUCGAAGUGCUAAAAGUCCUUUAAAUGACAUAUUACAUACAUCAGACAUGUAAUACAUGCAAUUUAGUAGUGUUUUACCCAAGGACACAACAGCAUGUUGACUGCAGUGGCUGUUAAGUUAGGAUUUAACCUGUGCUUCCCUGGUCCCAAUCUGAUGAUCAGCGCUCUAAACCACUGCGCCACAGCCACCCUUUAUUGACCUGAAAGAGUUCCUAAUCCUCCGGUUACAAUAAAGUCAAAUAAUAAAAUGCACUCUGAAUUAAACUUUAAUGAACAACUACAUUUUUAGCUACAGCACACAACAUACUAUCCAAAUGCCUGACAGGGUUUAAUGGCAUCCCUUCACCAUGACAGCAUAACAGUAUUUAUUAAUGAUGUUCCCUGCUUGCAAAACAUAAAAAACGUAGGUUGUAUGGGACCACCGUUUUCCAGAAAGUUUCCAUUAGAAUUGCUACAAGAGUAUUGAAGUUGAGCACAGUGUACAUAAAAAGCAGAACUGAGAUGUUAGCCUGCUUGAUGUAAGGCAGGAAACAGUGGGGGGUGAAAGCAGAACUGACGAAGCACAGACUGGUUUCGAAAUUCUUCAGAGAAGCUCUGCAAUAAGUUACUAAGAUCGACCAAAGCUCUGCUGAGGACUUUCUGCAAUAUGUUAAGACAUGUUGUAAUAUCUUUAAGGCCAUUUGGAAGACAACUGUUUUAAGACAUUACAGAUCACACUUUGUAACUAAAGGUAGUAAGACUGUUUUUAUAUUCAAUAAAUACGUAGAUUAUCCAUUA